AUGCAGUCUCUUCGUACUCUUCUUCUUCUUGUCCUGUUCGUCCUCUGUUCUUCGCUCGGUUCGAUUUCGGGUCAAACCGGUCCUACCGGAGAUCUUCAGAAUCUUCUCGAGGUGAAGAAAUCUUUCGUUACGAAUCCAGAAGAAGACGAUCUUCUCCCACAAUGGAACUCUGUUAACAUCAAUUUCUGUUCUUGGACCGGUGUCACAUGCGACGAUGCCGGUUUAUUUCGCGUUGUUGGUCUAAACCUCUCCGGUUUAGGGAUAACCGGUUCCAUUUCUCCUUCGUUUGGCCGGUUUGACAACCUAAUCCACCUUGAUCUAUCUUCCAACAAUCUUGUGGGUCCCAUCCCAACUGCUCUCUCCAACCUUUCUUCCUUGGAGUCUCUCUUUCUCUUUUCUAACCAACUCACCGGCGAGAUUCCGAGUCAACUCGGCUCGCUCGUCAACCUACGCUCACUCAGAAUCGGAGACAAUGAGCUCGUCGGUGACAUCCCGGAGACGUUGGGGAAUCUCGUCAAUCUCCAGAUGCUCGCACUCGCCUCGUGCAGACUCACCGGUCCCAUACCGAGUCAGCUCGGUAGACUCGUCCGAGUUCGAUCACUGAUACUUCAGGAUAACAAUCUCGAAGGACCCAUUCCGGCGGACUUAGGGAACUGCUCCGAUCUCACAGUGCUCACCGCAGCGGAGAACAGACUCAACGGGACGAUACCGGCGGAGUUGGGGCGGCUUGAAAACCUCGAGAUACUCAAUCUUGCAAGCAACAGUCUCUCCGGAGAGAUACCGAGUCAACUCGGUGAACUGAGCCAGCUCGAGUACCUUAACUUGAUGGGGAACCAGCUUCAAGGUCUUAUCCCCAAAACUCUGGUCAACCUGAGAAAUCUUCAAACACUUGAUUUAUCGGCGAAUAAUCUUACCGGAGAGAUUCCUGAAGAACUAUGGAACAUGAGUCAGCUUCUUGAUAUGGUUUUAGCAAACAACCGUCUCUCUGGUUCUCUGUCGAAGAGUAUAUGUUCGAACAACACAAACCUGGAGCAAUUGUUUCUGUCCGGAACUCAGCUUUCAGGUGAAAUCCCUGUGGAAAUUAGCAAAUGUCAGUCGCUUAAACAGCUCGAUUUGUCGAACAAUUCGCUCGUUGGUUCAAUCCCCGAGGCGUUAUUCCAGCUAGUCGAACUCACGGAUCUCUAUCUCCACAACAAUACCUUGGAGGGUGAGUUAUCUCCUUCCAUAUCAAACCUCACCAAUCUUCAAUGGCUUGUGUUGUAUCACAAUAACUUGGAAGGCAAGUUACCGAAGGAACUUAGCUUGCUGAAGAAACUAGAAGUUCUGUUUCUGUACGAGAAUCGUUUCACAGGGGAAAUCCCAAAAGAGAUUGGAAACUGCACAAACCUGAAGAUGGUCGAUCUGUUCGGGAAUCAUUUCCAAGGAGAGAUUCCUCCUUCGAUAGGAAGAUUAAAGGACCUUAAUCUGCUUCACUUGAGACAGAACGAGCUCGUGGGUGGACUUCCCGCCACUUUGGGUAACUGUCACCAACUGAAUAUCUUGGAUUUGGCGGACAAUCAGCUCUCGGGAUCGAUUCCUUCGUCCUUUGCGUUCUUAAAAGAAUUGGAACAGUUCAUGCUUUACAACAACUCUCUCCAAGGAAAUCUUCCUGAUUCACUCAUUAAUCUAAGGAACCUCACAAGAAUCAAUCUCUCUCACAACAAGCUCAACGGUACGAUCCUUCCACUGUGUGGCUCGAGCUCGUUUCUUUCGUUCGAUGUCACCAACAACGAGUUUGAAGAUGAAAUCCCUCUCCAGCUAGGAAACUCUCCAAAUCUCGAUCGUCUCAGAUUAGGGAAGAAUCAAUUCACAGGAAGAAUCCCUUGGACGUUGGGGAAAAUCCGCGAGUUGUCUCUGUUGGAUAUCUCAAGCAACUCUCUCACAGGAACCAUUCCGCUACAGCUCGUCUUGUGCAAGAAACUGACGCACGUCGAUCUCAACAACAACUUUCUUUCAGGGCCCAUACCUCCAUGGCUUGGAAAGCUUUCACAGUUGGGAGAGCUCAAGCUUUCUUCUAAUCAGUUCGAUGGGUCUUUACCUGCUGAGCUGUUCAAUUGUACAAAGCUGCUUGUGUUAUCUCUUGAUGGCAAUUCUCUCAACGGGUCGAUCCCGCAAGAGAUUGGUAACUUGGGAGCUCUCAACGUCCUUAACCUCGAUAAGAACCAGCUUUCAGGUUCACUUCCUCAAGCUACGGGAAAGCUUAGCAAGCUGUACGAGCUUCGGUUAUCAAGAAACGGCUUCACCGGAGAAAUCCCAGUUGAGAUUGGACAGCUUCAGGAUCUUCAAAGUGCUUUAGACCUCAGCUACAAUAACUUUACCGGACAUAUACCUUCUACAAUUGGGACAUUACUCAAGCUUGAAACCCUUGAUCUGUCUCACAAUCAGCUGACUGGGGAAGUUCCUAGCGCGGUAGGGGAUAUGAAGAGUUUAGGCUAUCUCAAUCUCUCUUUCAACAACCUUGGAGGCAAACUCAAGAAACAGUUCUCAAGAUGGCCAGCUGAUUCCUUUGUAGGCAACACAGGUCUCUGUGGAAGUCCUCUUAGUCAGUGCAACAGAGCUGGAAGAGACAGUAAGCAACAGGGUCUUAGUGCCAAAUCAGUCGUUAUAAUAUCAGCAAUCUCAGCAUUGGCAGCGAUUGCUUUGAUGAUACUUGUAAUCGCUCUCUUCUUCAAACAGAGGCAUGAUUUCUUCAAGAAAGUCCGUGACGGAAGCACUGCGUACUCAUCAUCAAGCUCUUCUUCACAAGCCACACACAAGCCUCUCUUUCGAACAGGAGCCUCAAAGUCAGAUAUCAGAUGGGAGGACAUUAUGGAAGCCACGCAUAAUCUCAGCGAGGAGUUCAUGAUUGGAUCAGGAGGCUCUGGGAAGGUUUACAAGGCGGAGCUCGAGAGUGGUGAGACUGUUGCUGUGAAAAAGAUUCUCUGGAAAGACGAUCUCAUGUCGAACAAGAGCUUCAGCAGAGAAGUUAAGACGCUUGGAAGAAUCAGGCAUAGGCAUCUUGUUAAGCUGAUGGGUUACUGCAGCAGCAAGUCAGAAGGACUGAAUCUGUUGAUAUAUGAGUACAUGAAGAACGGAAGCGUCUGGGAUUGGUUUCAUGAGGAGAAUCCUGUGAUCGAGAAGAAGAAGAAGCUUUUGGACUGGGAAGCAAGAUUGAGAAUAGCAGUGGGAUUGGCUCAAGGAGUAGAGUACCUUCAUCAUGACUGUGUUCCUCCAAUCGUUCACCGUGAUAUCAAAUCCAGUAACGUGCUCCUUGAUUCCAACAUGGAAGCACAUUUAGGAGAUUUCGGUCUGGCCAAGGUCUUAACUGAGAACUAUGAUACCAACACAGAGUCAAACACCUGGUUUGCUGGCUCUUACGGCUACAUUGCUCCAGCUGGUUCCGCAAGAGAGAAGCUCAUAGAUCCAAAGCUUAAGCCGCUAAUGCCAUUUGAAGAAGACGCUGCUUAUCAGGUGCUUGAGAUUGCACUUCAGUGCACAAAAACUUCUCCUCAGGAGAGACCAUCUUCUAGACAAGCAUGUGAUAGCCUUCUCCAUGUCUUUAACAAUAGAACGGCCGGCUAUAAGAAGCUGUAA